CCUGAGCUCCUCUCACCUGAACAGAAGCACCGUAUCGCGCUCAUUGCCUCCGAUUGUUUUUUUGGGGUUUUUUGCGAUGGACUACAUCGUGCUGCUCCUGGGGUGCGUCGCGCCGGUGGUUCGCUGCUACGGCUCGGGCAAAGUCACGGACAGCUGUGAUGACCUGCGACCCCGCCACGCCGCGCUGAGCCCACAGACAGACCCGGCGCCGUUCACCGUCGCUGCGGACCGCAGCGGUUACAGACUCGGAGAGGAGGUCAAAGUUCAGCUCCAGGCUCCGGGCUCUACACCGUUCAUGGGUUUCCUGUUACAAGCCAGAGAGGUGGGGGGUCAGUCUCCCGUGGGCUCCUUCGCCCUGACAGCGGGGGCGGCCCAGCUGCUCGCCUGCGGCCUCAGACCUAACUCCGCAGUAUCCCACAGAUCAGAGUCAGCCAAGACCUCGAUCCGGGUGAGCUGGAGAUCAGAUGCAUCAGGAGACGGGAAGCCUAUUCAGUUCCACGCGUCCUUUGUGCAGAACUACAGGACGUUCUGGGUUGAUGUCACGAGUCGUUCCCUGGGCUUCAUUAACGACAGCACCGGCGGAUCCGCAAGUCCGACUGCACCAACACACACCUCGGAACUUCCACCCGCACAGCCGGCUGAGGGCAUCUCCGGUGCCGACUGCGGCGUCACCAAGGUGUGCUUCAGUCAGCCGCCGAGCUGUGACCCCGCCGUCAGCGGCGACUGUUACUUCAUGUCGGCCGUGGCCACGUCGCCUCCCGCCGUCCGCUACGAGAUGACCGGUCCCUCCGACGGAUACAUCUCUUUCGGGUUCUCGGACGACCGGACGAUGGGAAACGACGACCUUUACAUUUGCGGCAUUGACGGCGGCGGCCGGGUGCGGCUGCAGCACGCCUUCUCGACCGGCCGGACGGCCCCUCGGGCCUUGACUCUGGGGAACGUGUCCGGCGUAAGAGCGUCGGUGCGGGACAGCGUGAUCAGCUGCUCCUUCACCUCCACGAACGCGAUUUCCACUCAGAGGAGGUCCGGCGCCGACAAGGCCUACCAUCUCAUGUUUGCUCACGGACCCAGCAGAAAUGGCCAAAUCCAGUUCCACGCAGGUUCCUUCGUCAGCUCCGACAAGAUUGACAUUUCCCGGCCUCAGAGCGUCGCGAAAGCUGGGUGGCCGCGAGUCCUCAAAGCGCACGGGGCGCUGAUGCUGGCGGCCUGGACGGCCACGGGGUCGCUGGGGAUGGUGACGGCCCGGUAUCUGAGAGGAGCGACCGAAGCGCGGAGCCUGUGGGGCAAAGAUGUCUGGUUUCUGGCCCACGCGGCGGUGAUGAGCGUGGCGACAGCCGCCACGGUCGUCGCCUUCGUCCUCCCCUUUUGCUACGUCAAGGCCUGGUCUGAGGGAGCCCAUCCGGUAUUAGGCUGCCUGGUUAUGAUCCUGACGCUCGUCCAGCCCAUAGUCGCCCUGCUGCGUUGUGGACCACAACAUCCAUUGAGAUUUCUGUUCAACUGGUCACACGCUUUAAACGCUCUGGCAAUAAAAGCGUUAGCUGUGGCGGCCAUAUUUACGGGCCUGAAGAUGAUUGACAGCACUCCCGACCAAUGGCUGAUGAAAACGAUGGGGGGCUUCGUCGGAUGGGAAGCUUUGCUCUACGUCCUCUUGGAGGCGCAUUCAAAAUGGAAAGGCAGCAGUACGGAUCCAGGAUCCAAAACGAUAACUAUCGUCCUGCUGGUGGCUCUGUUCUGUCUGGGGAACUGCACCUUUCUGGUGGCACUGCUGGUGGGAAUCGGAAAGUCCUGAGAAGAAAGAAAAAGCCACGACCGAGGAAGAAAACAAUCGACUACACUGGUCUCUAUCACUAUAAACCAGGAAUCAGUCGUUUAUCCGAAA